AUGGGCUUCGCGGAGGAGGACAGGGUCAACGCGCGGCUAAAAGCUAGCCCGACGGGACAACUGAACAACUUAGCCGGCCUCGACGACACGCUGUACUUCGCACAUUUGGACCAGGUGUGGACCGUGAGCGGCGCGUCCGCGGCCAAGGGCGGGGAGGGGGACGACGUGGAUGCGAAGGGGCGGCCGAUCGCGCGGUGUUCGCGGAUAUGCGACAUGGUGAGCGGCUCGGACCGCAUGCUGGUGCGGCAAAUCGCGCCCGUUUCGCUCUACUCGGGACAGAGUUACAUCGCACUGGCCACUUCCAUCGGUGUGGAGGUCUUCGACGGCUCCGGACGGACCCUGAUUCUCCACUGGAACCUCCCCGCGGACGACCGGCCGCGAGAUCACACGCUGGCGCCGACGGCGACCUGCGUCGCGUGGGCCUCGGGCCCUGACGGCGCGGUGCAUCUGUGCGUGGGGACGGCGGGCGGGCGCAUACACGUCUUCGUCCUCGACUCGUUCGGGCGGAUAUCGCACGCCGACACCAUGUACACGCCCGACUUCGAGCCCGUCUCGUGCAUCGGGUCGCACAUGUCCGCGCGGCGCGGCGGGGACGCGGCCUUCGGGGAGCGCCCCGUGCUGGUGGUUGGCACGUACGAGGGGACGAGCGUGCUGUACCAGGCCACGGGCCCGGGGGAGUACGACGUGAUCCGGCAGGUCAGAGAGGGCGCGCCGGUGGUCGGGUGCGCCGCGUGGGGGGACUUCGCGGUCGUCGGUGCGCAGAACGGGACGGUUGCGCUGCAUAGCAUCUCGCGCGGGAUCACGCUCGGAACGUACCGAGCGCACAGUCGGAUGAUGUCGUGUCUCGCGCUCCACCCGACCAAGGGCCUGAUUGCCACGGGCGCGGAGGACGCCACCGUUGCGGUGUGGGAGCUGCCCACGUCCAGCGCGGAGAUCAGGAUGCCGCUGUCGGCCUGCUGGCAGAGCUCCGUUGUCACGGGCGUCGCGUUCCGCGGCGACGACCUCGCCGUCGUGCCCUACGACCACGAGGAAAUAGCCCUGUACAAACACCAACCAUGA